AUGUUCAUCAUGACCAUCCUGGUCCCCCUCUUUAUGGCUCUCCUAUCUGCCGUAUCAGCCAAUAAUGCGGUAGUGGUCAACAACUGUGGCUACGAUCUCUGGGCAUGGACCAUUGACGCCGAUCAUCGAACUCCCGCCCCUUACAUUAUCAACCGCCAAUCCAUCCACUACGAUGAGAUCCGCGUACCGUCGUCCGGCGGAGUCUCCAUCAAGCUCAGCACCACCAACACAGGCUCCCCGAUGCGCCCAGUCACUCAACUUGAGUAUACUGUCGAUGUUGUCGGCAACAGGAUCUGGUACGAUAUCUCCUUCGUCGACUGCGCGACCGGUCCCGCCUCCGGAGGCGCCAACUGCCCGGUAUGGAAGGAUGGCUUGAGUGUUGUAUGUGCCAGCGGCAAUUGCCGCAAAUUUACCUGCCCUGCGAGCCAGGAAUGCCCCAGUCAGGUCUACUACGACUCCAAGGCCACCGCAGCCCCCGAGCAGCCCAACUCGAACGUGGCCGGGACUGGCGGUGAUAUCCGCUACACACUUUGUGGAGCUUAGAUUGUUG